AUGGUUUCUGAAGCUGAAGAUAUUGUCGACACAAUGAGAAAGCAAGACAUUGAGCCUAAUGUUGUCACGUACAACACUCUUAUGCAAGCUGGCCAUAUCAAAGUGGAAAAGGAAGUAUUUCGUGAACUCUCAGUCAAUGGUUUAAAACCCGAUGUUUACACAUAUGCUGUAAUCAUUAAUGGAAACUGUAAAAAGGGAUUGCCAGAUGAAGCAUACCAAUUGUUUAGGAGCAUCGAAGAUAAUGGUUGCUCGCCUGAUAGAUGCUGUUUUAAUGUAAUGAUCCAAGGGCUUCUUCGAAACAACUCUACGUCAAAGGCAACAGAAGUUCUUGCAGAAAUGGUCGGUAAGGGUUUUUCUGCAAAUUUAUGCACUGCCACCUUAUUUGCCGACCUCAUAUUACGAUAUGAUAAAUCAAUCUUGAUUUGA